GCAAUUGUCUAAAGUUGGAAAGAAAGGUUCUUUAGAGAAACAGCCUUUUAAAAACAGUACAAACAGCAGGACACUCAAUUUAGGACUCUCCUUCAAUGAGACUGUUGUUGUCUAUCUACUUACAGACAGUGCCGCUGAGGAAGCCGGACUCCAGAUUGGAGAUGUGGUGCUGUCUGUCAACGGCACUGAGGUCACCAGUGUCGAGCAUGCAGAAGCUGUGCACCUUGCUAGGAAAGGUCCAGACAUCUUGACCCUGGUGGUGGGAUCUGACAUCAGCCGCUGUCCCAAUACCCCUUGGCCCACCUGCCGUGGCUACCUGCAUAAGAGGACUCGCUCCAGCUUUGUGAAAGGUUGGAGGAAAAGGUGGUUUGUGCUGAAGCACGAUGGCUGCCUUUACUAUUACAAACACAAAAAGGAUGAAGGAAAAUGUCCACCUCUGGAGGCAAUAAAAUUAGAAGGUGCAGAAGUUGGCAUUGAUACCGGCUUGGGAAAACCCUUUGUGUUUAACUGUGUGCCUCAGUCUGGAAAUAGAUUUUUUUGCCUGUGUGCAACCUCAAACCAAGAAAUGAAAAGGUGGCUUGAGGCAAUGGACAAAGCAGCACAUCCUAUCAACCAGAACCAUGUCUGGGAAGAUGUUACACUGCACAACAGCAGCCUCCCACCUCUGGCUAUCAAAAAUCCAGAGUGUCUGGGCCUUCUGCACCAGCUGGACAGAAACAUAGACAUGUGGGUCCAACACUAUUGCAUUCUCAAGGAUGGCUGCUUGUAUUUCUAUGCCAGCAUUCGCUCCACUCAGGCCUCAGGUGGCCUAUAUCUUCAAGGAUAUAGAGUAAGUGAACAGACUCAUAGCUUCAAACAAUCAGUAAUUGAACUCAAACCUCCAUCAGAAGAGUUCAAGACUUUCUAUUUCUGUGCAGAAAAUAAAACAGAAAACCAGCGCUGGAUUACAGCUCUGAAUACAUCUAUUAAAAAAUGGCUUCCUUUGCAUGAGGCUAUUCAAGACUUCAUAAACCGACCACUAGAGGAAACAAGAAUGUGAAAGAUACCCC